AUGGUUUAUAACACAAGGUCGGUGACGAAGAAGAAGAAUAGUACCGAGGCAGAGACAAAUAACCAAACUUGGUCAAACCUUCCUUCUGAUCUCACGUCACUAAUAAAUCAAAACCUGUCGUUGAAAGACAACAUUCGUGCUUCCGCUGUUUGCAAGACAUGGCACCAAGACCCAACACCAUGGGUUAUGUUCAUCCCUAUAUACAAAGACGAAUGUAACCUCUAUGAUCCAUCACUCGCCAAGACACACAUCGUUAAGUGUCCUGCGUUACGCGAUUCACAUGUGCUUUAUUCCAAAGACGGUUGGUUACUCAUGCAAGAUAGAAAGCUCUCAAAACCCUUCUUUUUCAAUCCGUUUACACAAGUCCGCAUUGAAGUGGAUUGGCGUGAUCUGUGGCUCAGUGAUGCUAUAGCUUUCUCAUGUGCUCCUACAUCGAGUAGUUGUGUGAUAUUCGCGGUGGAUGAUAUCGGCGCGACACACUUCUUCAUCCGUAUACAUCGCCACACCAUUAAUAAGCGGAAUGCGUCGUUUACAAGGCAUCGGUAG